AUGCCCUGCGGAUGCAAGGCGCCGUGCCAGGGCAAGAGCCCGGACGCCUGGGUCAUCAGGAAGACAUUUGUGGAGGUGAGCCAGGAGGAAGUGCAGGAGGAGGGCCGCCGCGCCAGCUCGGAGCCCCCGCUGCGCCGCGCGAGCCAUGAGUUGGAGGCUGCCACGGAUGACGUGCAGCAGCUGAAGCAGAUGAUCGCCGAAGCCCAAGCCGAGGCGAAGGACCUGGAGUCGCAAUGCGAGAUCGCAUUGCCGCCAAAGUCCUGGAACUCCGCGAGCCUGGAGGAUGUCCAGCACAUGGAGCAAGACCUUGGGGACUUGCUGCAGCGCGUGGACGCGGCCAACAUGAGCCUGUGCUCGGCCCAUGCGGAGCUGCAGCGGCUGCAGGGCCGCGCGGCACCGGAGGAUCAGAUCCAGGAGGAGUACGCCGCGAAGAUGGAGGAGAACCAAGAGCUCGAGGAGGAGUGCGCGCGGCUGCAGGAGGAGGUGGCCGCGGCCAAGGCCGACAUGUCCAGUGCCAAGCGCAAAGCGCCGAGGGCCAAGGGCCGGGCUGCGCCUCCGGCGCCUCCGGCGCUUCCGGCGCCUCCGGCGCCCUCGCCGGCCAUGCUGGAGGCGCAUCGCCGGCGGACGGAGGCGCUGCUUGCGCUCUCGGAGGCCCGGGUCGCAGCGUCCAGGGCCGCGACCGACGCCGACGAGGCGGAGCAGGCAGCUGAGCAACUUGGGGUGGAGCUGGAGGAGAAGGAGGAGCAGAUGAAGGCGGCGGUGGCACAGGCGGAGCAGUCGCUCGCAGCAGAGGAGGGCCAUUUUGUGGACCAGCUGCAGGCUGUCGAUGACCAGCUUCAGCACAUGGGGAGGUGCCGAAAGGACCUGCAGCACCGCUGCGCAGUGCGCAAGGGCAUUUUGGACAAGUGCCGCAGCCGUCGCGGGCAGAUGGCAUCCAAAGUGGCACGCGCUGAAGGUCGGGCUUCGGCCAUGCAGGCGGAUGCCGAGAUGGAAGCCCAGGAGCUGCGGCAUUUGAAGGACCGCGUGGAGCAGUUCAAAGGCUUGGAUGGAACCCUUGCAGCUGCCAAGAAACAGUUCGGAUCCGCGGAGCGCCUGUGGCUGCUUGUGCGUCUCCUGCUUCUGACUGCGCUGCUUUGUGGGAUCCUCUCCCGCUUUUGCUGA